UAUCAUUUGUUUUGCCUUUUAAGUAUUUUUAUUAUUAUUGUCUUUUAAAUACGGUUUGACCAAAACAGCACGGUGUUUUAAUGCCAUCUUGUGGCCGCUCUUUGUACUUCAUCCGUGUUUGUCGCUCGAUGAUGAAGUCACCAAAUCCAAAAUGGCGCUGCUCUGUUGAGAGCCACGCUGCCAUUCGAUUUGUUUACAAUCGCUUUCUUGGUGAAUUGCGUUUACUGCAUUUUCGUGUGUUGUCUGAUAUGUACAUAUAUAUAAGUAAUGAAUGAGAAACAAGCAGUGACUGUGAGAGUUUAACGAAGCUUAGCUGAUGUCUGCUUUUGGGUUGUGUUUUAAUUUGAGUCCCUUAAUUAAAAUGACACCAAGGCUGGCCAGAGUGUGUGUCACAUGUUUAAGUCAUAAAGUCAAACAGAAUGAUCUCAAAAUCAGUUCUUUAGCUAGGACAAAGUGUUUUGGGACAGGUCCGAAAGGUCCAGAUGGAGAUGGAGAUGGUUCUGAAGCACAUGUUCCAUCUGGUCCGACACUUCCUCCGUACUCAUGGGGUGCUUCUCGAUUUGGGAGGCGACCCUUGUCACCUUUAGAAAGGGUGAGUCAAAUGUUACCCCAGGAAUCGUUGAGCGAUGAGGUCUGGGAGCUCAGACAGAAAAGAAAAAGUGAAGAACACGAAGAUACAGAAACGUAGACUCCAGAGAAACUCAAGGAAGAUCUAGAUGUGCAUGUAUCACCUGGGGAUGAUGACAGUGUCUUGGAAGGAAUGACACAUGCUCAUGUUCUACCUGAGGAGAAGUCGUGCUUGCCGAGUACCGCCGGAGACGAAGGCUGGAGUUACAAAAAAUGUUCCAGCUGGAGAAAGGAUGUAAGCUGGGGAGCAGCUGGGGUUCUGUAGACCACGAUGUCAUCCAGGGUUGCCAUGCAGGCACGGUGUUACGUACCACCCUGGGGAUCCCUAUGCUCAUCCGCAGACCCAGUCUCGAAGAGUUCACACUGUUUAUGAAAAGAGGGCCUGCCAUUGCUUAUCCAAAAGAUGCCAGCGCCAUGCUGAUGAUGAUGGACGUGAGCGAGGGAGACUGUUUGCUGGAGUCAGGAUCUGGAUCCGGGGCCAUGAGUCUCUUCCUGUCCCGAGUAGUGGGCUCUAGUGGAAGAGUGCUGAGCGUUGAAGUCAGACCCGACCACCACAGACGGUCCGUGUUGAAUUACGAGCGCUGGCGUUCAUCCUGGAAGCUGAGCAGUGAGAAGUCGUGGCCUGAAAACGUCCACUUUCACCUCGGAGAUCUUAUAAACUCCGCCCCCUUGCUUGCUGGGCGGAGCUUCAGCUCAGUGGCUCUGGAUAUGAUUAACCCUCAUCUGGCUUUACACACAGUCGUCCCUCAUCUCCAUACAGGAGAUACAUCUUUCAAGCCAAAAACAAUCAGAUCAUAA